GAUUUUUCGGUUUGAGACACUAUGAAUAUGAGACCGCUGUUCACUGGUUAUCCCUUUCAAGGCCAGGGUCGUGUGAACCAACUUGGCGGCGUGUUCAUCAACGGCCGACCGCUACCCAACCACAUCCGGUUGAAGAUCGUCGAAAUGGCUGCGGCUGGAGUACGACCCUGCGUCAUUUCAAGACAACUUCGGGUCUCGCACGGUUGCGUGUCCAAGAUCCUCAACAGAUACCAGGAAACCGGCAGUAUUCGUCCUGGUGUGAUUGGAGGCAGUAAGCCACGUGUGGCGACCCCAGACGUCGAGCAGAAGAUCGAGGAUUACAAGAGGGAAAAUCCGGGAAUCUUCAGUUGGGAGAUACGGGAUCGCCUCAUCAAGGCAACGCUGGCAUUCCAGGAAGGGAUAUGCGACAAGAAUUCAGCACCAAGUGUCAGCUCCAUCAGCCGAGUCCUGAGGGGACGAAGCAGCGGAGAUCGAAGUCCCGACGACUGCUCCAAGAAAGCCGACCACAGCAUCGACGGGAUACUCGGAGGACGGCUGAGCGGACUGGACGAUUCUGAUUGCGAAUCUGAACCUGGAAUCACUCUUAAGAGAAAGACCCGUCGUUCACGAACCACCUUCACGGCUGAGCAGCUGGAAGACCUGGAACGCGCUUUUGAAAGAACGCAAUACCCGGAUGUCUACACGAGGGAAGAACUCGCCCAGAAGACAAAACUGACCGAAGCCCGAGUACAGGUGUGGUUCAGCAACAGGCGGGCUCGUUGGCGCAAGCAGAUGGGAACGCAACCAGUAGGCACCGCAUUCAGCAGCCAGCUGCUGCAUGGGUACGGCGCGACUCCAUCUUCAGCCCCAAACCCUGCACAUCUGGAGACAUCCAUGAGUGCAGCAACUCUUCAGCAUCACGACACCUCAGCUUGGCACAGAUCGCAUCAAACCUUACAGGCUCCUACGACGGUACCCCAGUCAGGGUACACGUCUUACCCCACGGAAUCGUGCAUCAACGGAGGACCUCUCUCGCAACAGGUGUACAACAUUUUAAGCUCGAGUACCUCAGCUCAGUGCGGGGCAACUGGAAGUGCCCUGACUGUACCAGACUUCCACAUUCCGUCUCUGACGGCGAGCGAGUUGGCCUGGCCAUCAAGUUCCGCGUCGCUGGGGCCUGCCUCCAGGGGCUCUGGUGGACUAGCGGAUCCAACCAGCAAUGUCUUCGGGCAUGGAUCAUUCAGCACCGCUCCAUCAGAUAACUUUGGCGGGAUGAUUGGCAACACUGAAGGUUUCAUAUCGAGCACGUUCAACAAUCUUGGUGGAGCCCAGCACCCAAUGUCUAUGGAGAUGAAGUCAUCUUUCCCAUACAGCAGUCAGUUAUCAACCGCGACAAGUACGCCCCAGAUGUGCAAGGACUUCGAUAUGCCCGUGAAUGCACUCGCAAGCCUCCGGCAACGAUCUCGAGAACACGCUGUUGCCCUCGGACUAUUCUGAGCAGCUGCUAUUCUGUGACACUUUGUGUACGCGGGAAAAGUACAAAUCUCACCUACUCUGACGCUCUGAAUGAAGACAGUGGAUGAUAGUGAGCUCUGCCUUCUGCUUCGUAUCGUCGCUAACCAGAAGGGAAAUGUCGAUGGGGAGACUGAAGACUGACUUCGGCUAUACUAUCACCUAACAGAUAAGAAGUGCUUGCUGCCUCGUACGGCGUGUCCACUAGGGCCUCAUGCUACAAUACGGAGGCGAAACUGUGCUCGGCAAGAUUGAGUUCUGCUGCAACCGCGGCCAGUCU